AUGCUUGAGCUAGCACUGAGGGUGGGAAUCAAAGCACGAGGAGGAACUGAACUUGUACCAGAUAGGUUUAGGUUAACUGAAGAAGAGGUCUCAAGAGUCAAACAUGUUGUUUCAGAGCAUCUUCAGAAAGAAACAGAUGUUAAAGAGUUAGAUAACAACAAUGUUCAUGCGGUGGUGCAGCAAGUAGUGAAUAUAAUAGAAGCUGCAGCUGGAGAACUUGAAUGCCUUUCUGUUGUUGUUGCUUCCAAGUUGCAGAAAUUCUUUCUUUUUGCCAAUAUUGAUGUUGAGGGAAGUGUGUUUUUAACAAGUUGA